GCCAAGUUGGUGGAUAUACAUAAGUUGUGCCAUUGCGGUUUCCACCCGACCUGGUGUUUAGGACCUGACCAGGAUUUUGAGUGCUUGUAAAUGGGGCUUAUUUGUAAUGCCCGCUUGUACUAAGUUUUAUACAGAGUGUAAAAUCGUUUUCUUGUGUGGAAUCAAGUGUGCUGUGAGUUGACCAGUGGGAUAUCCUGUGCGGUAGUCUCCGGGUUUGGCCAGAGACUGAAUGCGUUGCUGUGAUGGCUAAACAGACUGCAUCUGAAAUGAUCUUCAUAACAUUGAACCGCAACAUCACCCUCAUAGGGAAAGCAUGGCUCGUCCUGGUGGUAUUCCUAAGGAUCCUGGUCUUGCUGUUUGCUGGUUAUCCCCUCUACCAGGAUGAGCAGGAACGAUUUGUGUGUAACACCAUUCAGCCUGGUUGUGCCAACGUGUGCUACGACAUGUUUGCCCCUCUUUCCCUCUUCCGAUUCUGGCUGGUGCAGCUCACCACACUGUGCCUUCCCUAUGUGAUGUUCAUCAUCUAUGUGAUCCACAAAGUGAGUUCCAGUCUUCCUGCAGAUAGCGGAACUUCCGAGUCCAUAAAAGCAGACUCCAUCUAUAAGAUCCAUCAAGAAUCGUUCAGGAAAGCAUCUCUUUGUAAGACCGUUGUGAAGGCUGAGAAUGGGCGGUUGCAGUACUUCACAGGAGCCUACAUAUUCCAUCUCUUGCUUCGGAUACUUGUAGAAGCUGGAUUUGGAGCUGCACAUUACUACUUGUUUGGCUUCCACAUCCCCAAACGCUUCAUGUGUCAGCAGCCACCUUGCACAACAAUGGUGGACUGCUACAUCUCUAGACCCACUGAGAAAACCAUCAUGCUGAACUUCAUGUUGGGGGCAGCCGCUUUGUCCUUGCUGCUGAACGUGUGCGACCUAAUCUGUGCCGUCAAACGCUCCGUGAGGCAAAAAAGCAAAGGAAAGAUGCUAGUAGAGAAGAUGUACGCAGAGGAGCAGUACUACCUGUCCGGUAAUGGGAAUCAAGGUGUGGACGCCAGUAUGCCGCCGACUCAAGAUGUGAUGGCACCAGGAGUGUUCUGCAAACGAGGGAUCAGAAACUCAAGCGGCGAUGAAGCUGCUUCCAUUCUUUUGGACGAUGACCCUCCACCACCCUCAACACUUGGAGGAAUGCCUACAAUUGCUGGAAUGCCUGGUUCCAACAACAAUGAUGACAGCAGUAGCUACCAGCCCACCCAAGAAGAUGGGAUGAUAAGAGAAGGCAGUGAAGUGGCACUGUACCCCAGUGAGGCUUUGGGGACUCCUAGAUCAAUCAGAGUUAGUAAACGCGGUCGUCUCAAACCUCCUCCACCUCCACGAAGGGACAAACUAGCUGCUCAAGGUGCAAUUGAUGUCUCGGGAGCAACAGCGGUGUGUACCAGAAGACUAGGGCAAUAUACUUUGGUAGAAAUGACCACUGGUGAGGACGUACCAACUUGCAAUGGAGAUGGACACGAGAAGAGGUCAGAAUGGGUUUGAGUUUCUCUCCAGGUGACUAAGAAGCUUUAAUUUUGAUGCAUUGUAGUUGAAGAAAAUUCGAUUGGCACUUGACUGGAACAGAGUGACUUGAUUGGAAUAGAUUACUUGGAGAAACAAGGUGAAAUGAGAGGUAUUAUUAGAUGUCAACGUCAUGCA